AUGAGUCAAGAGCAGCCCAAAUGUCCAGUAGACCACUCCAGCCGUCAGGCGUGGAUGGAGAAGGCCCAGUCCUCGCAGGCGCCCGAACAACCAGCAAUUCCUGCCCCUGCACACCCACAAACACAACCAGCUUGUCCCGUGGAUCAUAGCGCCAGGGCAGACUGGCUAAGCAAAGUAUCCAUAAGUGCUGUCAAUGCGCCUGAAGCCAUAGAAGUACAACAGCCGGCAACGGGUUGCAGCUCAGACACCCAAGCAGAUGCUCCUCCCACCACCUCAAACAUAGAUCUUCCCACUGACAGAGAAAUCAGCUCGAUACCACGAACAUCUGCCAACCAGAACUGGAUCUACCCAUCGCAAAAGCAGUUCUACGAGGCCAUGGUGCGCAAAAGCUGGGAUCCUAAGGCCCAGGAUAUGCAGACGGUGGUUCCAAUCCACAAUGCUGUCAACGAGAAGGCAUGGAACCACAUCCUCAAGUGGGAAAGCAGCAACAUCGAAGAGGCCAAACAAGCGUGCGGAGGCAUCACGUUGACCAGUUUCAAGGGAGACCUGAAGAAGCUCACACCCAGGGCCUGGUUCAACUCCACAGUGAUGGGGUACCAGAAGCCUUUCGAUAGACACGACUGGGUCAUCAGUCGGUGUGGCACCGAGGUCGAGUAUGUGAUCGACUUCUACAGCGGCAGCGGCAAGGGUGCCAGCUUCUUCUUGGACGUCAGGCCCAAAAUCAACUCCUGGGAGGGGAUCAAGCUCCGGAUGGGCCGUGCUUUGGGGUUGUUAUAG